AUGCAUAACUUGCUAUGUCGUUUUCAUAUUAACAAAAAUGUUGGGAUGAAAUGCAAGGAAUAUGUGAUGAAAGACAUGCAAGAGACAAUAGGCACAUUGUGGAAAGAUGUUGUAUGGGCUAGUAAUGAGGUUGAGUAUGGUGUACGGUUGCAAUAUCUUGAACAAGCAUGCUUUGCUUGUAAUGACUUCCUCGAUUACGUGAAGAACACUUGGUUGAUCCCACAUAGGCAAAGAUUUGUAGGCGCAUGGAUUAAUCGAGUGCUUCAUUUUGGUAACACCACGACAAAUCGGGUUGAAUCUGCACAUUGGAAGCUAAAGCAGAUGAUAGGAAACAGCCUUGGUGACAUGGUCAAAGUUUGGGAAGCUAUGAAUUCUAACCUAAAAAUCCAAAUAGGUAACAUUCGAGCUUCGUUUCAAAAAAGUUUUUAUGAGGUUGAGCACGCACACAUUAGUCCAUUUUAUGAUAAUUUGCGUGGUUUAGUAUCGAGAGCUGCUUUGAGACGCAUUGCAGAAGAGUUAUUGAGGCUUGAUUAUGUGUUAAAUAGUAGGGAAAUAUGUGGUUGUACUAUGAGAACAAGUUAUGGGCUACCUUGUGCUUGUGAGAUGGGAAGAUUGAUUGUUGUUGGAACCCCAUUACAAAUAGAAAGUGUUCAUCUUCAAUGGAGGAUACUAUCUAUGGAAGGUGACUUGCCUUUAGACGAGGAAGCUGGUUCGGAGGUUGAUAUGAGUAAUGCAAUUGAUGAGUUGUGGAGAAGGUUUAAAUCACUAGAUGUUGUUGGAAAAAGAGCAUUGAAAAGUAGGGUUUGUGAAAUUGCAUAUCCCACAACAACUUCAUUGUGUCCACCACCUGAGAAAAUAAAAACUAAAGGCGGAGUGAAGAGGAAAGGGAAGAAACCAGUUGGGUAUGAUGUUUAUAGGGAUCCUUCAGGUUUUGAGUAUGCUGAUCAGGCGUCUCAAUCUUCACAAAAACAAUCGCAAGCAUCACAAACUUCCAGGAAGCAAUCACAAUCAAAGAACCAGGAUUUCACUCUUCAAUUUCCUUGUCAUAUUAGGCCAUAUAUUACCGAGAUAGUUAAUGUUGUAGCAGAUGGUAAUUGUGGAUUAAGAGCCAUUGCAUCGUGGCAUGGGUAUAGUGAGGAUGGUUGGGCAAUGGUUCGUCGUGACUUGGACCUGGAAUUAAGAGAAAAGAAGGAGUUAUAUGAGAGAUUGUUCGGUCCAAGUUUAUCCGAAGUGAGAAAUGGAUUGUUGAUAGAUAAUGUUGGUUUUCAACCACCCGAGAAAUGGUUGACACUACCAGAGAUGGGCUAUUUGAUAGCGAAUCGGUAUAACGUCAUUCUUGUGAUGCUUGGUAACCCUUGCUUGACUUUUUUUCCCAUGACAACAACAUUUUCUCCAAGUGCUCCUACAUAUUGCAUUGGCCUUGUCAACAAGAAUCAUUUUCUUCGGGUUAAUAUGAAAGAAGGCUUCCCACUGCCACCCGUCACGUUAGAUUGGAGGAAGUUUCGUCUUCAAGUGGCGACAUCUUGGAUGUUAGGAUUUGCUGGACGUGUUCAACAUUGGCACCAUCUUACGCCUAUGUUACCAUCAAGUGUUAAUUUAGAUUAA